AUGCUGUGCUUGGGAAGUUUAAAAGUGAUGAAGUGGAGGCAGCUCGUCUGGAUUGCGUUCUGUGUGCUGGAGCUGACCGCCCCAGGCAACACUUCAGGGAGCUCAACAGACACCCCGACACCGACAGCCACGGCCACCGAGAUGAAAGGCAGCAGCAGUGCGGCAGCCUCUGGAGCCCCUGCAGCCCCUUCAGCCCCUGGAGCCCCUGCAGCCCCCAGCACUGCUGAGCCCACAUCAGAGCCCCUUGCCAGCUCAACCCUGCCAGGGCUCAGCAGCGACCAGCCAAGCCCCCAGCCCAGCCAAGCCCCGACGCAGCCCCUGGGCACCCCCUUGGACCCCGACCACACCAGCCAGGGGGCUCCCACAAGUGGGAACCCAGCAACAGAGCCCAGCACAGAAGCACAAAGCCCAAGGGCCACGUCAGAUCUGAUGAUCUCUGCCACCACCUCGGGGCAUCCUCCUGUCUCAGCUGCCACCACGACACUGCACACAGUCAGGGACAGCCCAAAGCCCAUCUCCUGCCACAAUGUCAGAGAAGUGAGUGACACUGGAGCCAUCUGCCUGCAGCUCAACGAGUCCAGCACUUGCAAACACUUUCUGGAGGAGAAAGGCUCAGCCCUGUGGAGUGCCAUUUGUGAAGGCAGCUCCCACUCUGUUCCCUCCCCCUGCCAGAUUAAACUGGCCAAGUCCGAGGUGGACCACGACUGCCUGCUCCUCAUCCUCGUCGGUGAGAGAGAUCCUGCUACAGAUGUGCUCCAAGAGUCUCACUGGGAAAAGUUUGGAAUAAAAUCCCUCAAACAAGGGAGCGUGAGGAGCCACCAGGACUUUUCUCAGAAGACCUUGAUAGCCUUGGUGACAUCUGGACUGCUGCUGGCAUUCCUGGGCUUGGCAGGGUAUCUGCUGAUGAAGCGGAGGAGCUGGAGCCCGGCGGGCGAGAGGCUGACUGAAGACCCCUAUGAAAACGGCAGCCAGGGCAACACCAUGUUGAUGAUGCCUCCCCAGGAGCAAGCUGAGCUGCAGGAGAAGCCAAACCUCAACGGUGGGACUCAGGAGAAUGGAACUGGCCAAGCGUCCUCCAAAAACGGCCACUCGGGCAGGCAGCACAGCCCUGCUGACACCCAGAUGUGA